AUGGAGACGUUCACGUUACACGAAAUGCUCAUUAAUUCGACUGAUCUUAACCAGAUUUUAUGUAAUUUCGGGAUCAACAUUUCGGAGUGCCAGAGCGAGCAGGAGCCGUCACCCGAAACAAAAGACAUCAACCAGACAGUGCGGAUCAUCCUCUACAGCCUCAUCUUCCUCCUCAGCGUUCUGGGUAACAGCCUCAUCAUCGGGGUCCUGGUGAGGAACAGGCGCAUGAGGACCGUCACCAACCUGUUCCUGCUGUCCCUCUCCAUCAGCGACCUGAUGGUGUCCCUGUUCUGCAUCCCCUUCACCCUCAUCCCCAACCUCAUGAGGGACUUCAUCUUCGGCACCGGCACAUGCAAGCUGGUCAUGUACUUCAUGGGUGUCUCUGUGUGUGUUUCCACUUUCAACUUGGUGGCCAUUUCCCUGGAGCGCUACAGUGCCAUUUGCAACCCGCUGACUUCGAGGACGUGGCAAACCAAAUCUCACGCCGCCAAGGUCAUCACUGCCACUUGGGUUGUGUCCUUCAUCCUGAUGCUGCCGUACCCCAUUUCUAGCAACCUCAAGCCUUUCACGCGCUACAACAACAGCACCGGGUACAUGUGCCGCCUGGUGUGGCCCAACGACGUCAUCCAGCAGUCCUGGUACGUGUGCCUGUUGUUGAUGCUCUUCCUAAUCCCCGGGAUCAUCAUGAUGACAGCCUACGGACUCAUUUGCGUGGAGCUUUACCGUGGCAUCUCAUUUGAGCUGUCCAGCAGAAAGUCUAUCAGAGAAAGACAAUCAAGCACUGGCAGCAUAAAGCCUGGUGACAGUGACGGGUGUUACAUGCAGCAGUCCAAAAGGAAGAGCAUCACUGGGGGUGGAGGCAGCUCCAGUAUCAAGCCCAAAGCAGAGCGUGUGUGCAGCAGCAGCUCCACAGCCAACCUGAUGGCCAAGAAGCGUGUGAUCCGCAUGCUCCUGGUCAUCGUCUUCCUCUUCUUCCUGUGCUGGACCCCCAUCUUCGUGGUCAACGCGUGGCAGGCUUUCGACCGGCGCUCGGCCUACCGCCUCACCGGGGCGCCCAUCUCCUACAUCCACCUGCUGUCCUACACCUCGGCCUGCGUCAACCCCAUCAUCUACUGCUUCAUGAACAAGCGCUUCCGCCAAGGCAUGCUGGCCACGUUCACCUGCUGCAGCUGCCUGAGGAGCAGCAGUGGUCUGGGGGGGUCGGCUGGAAGCGGGACAGCAAAAGGGGAAUUGGGCAGAUUAAGAGCGGGGCCAAAAAACCCCGAACAGAAUGGUCAUACCCCGCCAAGCGGAGCCAACACACGCUUCACCUACACCGGCAUCCGUCCGUCAGCCUGGAGUGAGCUGACUUAAACUCGAUCGAUGUGUGUGCAAACACUUAAAAAAUGAGUUGUUUUAAUGUCAAGCCUUCACAGUGCUUAUGUCACUAGUUUAUAAGUAGCUAUGGUACCGAAAGCUAGUGUCCAAGCUGGUUGACUGACACCUGAUCAUAUUAAGCCUUAAAAAGGGCCUCACAAAGCAGAACAAUACCGUCUAAAAACUCUGUCUACAAAUGUUACAUUCCCAUACGACUGAACUGCAUUUUCAAUUAUGCUUCAGGUAAACGUAUUUUCUUCCAGAUUGCGGACCCAGUUUCAAACAGUUGGUAACAAAACGAAACAACAAUAGUUAUUGGUUACGUUUAGUAAAAGAUCAAGAUUUGGCUCAAAAUAAUA